AUGGCUUCCACAGCGGCGUUAUACGCAGCCGAAGUGGUAGCACAGAUGCCAGUCGCUGGGUACCCGAGUGCACGUGGUGACGAGCACAAAUCGUCGCGCCAACGUAGCCGAAAUUCUUAUUACCGUAGCUCAAGCUCUCGUGAACUGAGCCCAGCGCCGAAAAGCCUCCGCAGUCAUUAUAUUGAGCGCUGCAGUUCUAGUGUUCGCCGAAGUUGCAGCACAAGUCGGCGUAGGGUUAGCUUGCAGAAGCACAUUUCUGCAGAUCGCCUGUGCGGACGCGAUGUAGAAUAUCGCAAUCGCAGUAUUAGUGUGGGUCGGCAAAGUCGUAGUCCGAUCCGCCAUUGGAGAAGUCAGUCUCGAUCAGUGUCCCGCCGGCGCCAAGAAGCAAGUGCGGCUUCACAAACACAAUCAUCACGUGGUCAUUCGAACUCGCGGUAUUCUGCAGCUGAGCAUCUACAAACGUCUGCAUCAAAUCUUACGCUAAAGUAUGGACCCGAUGAAUUCAUUGAUGUCAAGCAGACGACUUCUCAGUCAAAGAGCGUCGGCACUAAUGAGAAUUUAAAAACAGCUACUGGAAUUUAUGAAGAUUCCAGCUCUAUCCACAGAGAUAGUCACGACCGAUUGCUUAGCCAUCUUUCGCACGAUGACUGCGCAACUUCGUCUUCCCCGGCACCACAUGGGUCGGCUUCUCCAGCAAAAGUAACCGUAUUUCCAAAACGAGUUACCGUGUCACCCCCACAAUGCGGCCGUAUUACUAUGCGGACGUCAACAAAUCAAAUUAGUGGAAAUGGAAGUCACCGUUUAAUUGAUCCAAUCAUGGAGAAAAAGCGAGAGGCGCUGCUUGAAAGCCAUCGUACUUGGCUGAAAAGUAAAAGCGACUUCAAUCGUGCUGAGAUGAAGUAUGUAUCAAUAGAAGCUGAGCUUCAGCUUGCUGAAUUCUGGCUAGACAUCGUUACCAAGAACUUAAAGGAUGUCGGCAAGCGCAUCGAGGUGCAUGACUGGAAUUUUCAAAAGAUCACUAAUGUGGCGUGA